AUGUCGUCUGCGCCAAGGAAGACAGCGGUGCCCAAGCUUCUAGAAGGCGAGGAGGGCGAUACGAUGGGCAACGCCUGCUUGUCCUGCUGCACCGCCUCGUCCCAGCCAGAGCACGACGCGGCGGGACCUCAACGGCCGCAGCACCGGAAGGGGCCGGUGACGCCCCCGAGACCGAGCGGAAGCAGCGAGCCGAGCCCCACCACCGCCAGGGCGAGCCCCAAGCCCCGGCCCCGCCCCCGGGCCAAGGCCAAGCCCAACCCGUACGCGCACCGCGGCGGCGGCUCGGCGGCGCGCGUGCUGGACGGCGUGGUGCCGCACCACCCGCGGCUGCGGGUGACGGACAAGUACCACCUGGGGCGCGAGCUGGGGCGCGGCGAGUUCGGCGUCACGCGGCUGGCCACGGACCGCGGCGCGGCGCGGGAGCGGCUGGCGUGCAAGUCCAUCCCCAAAGCGCGGCUGCGCACGGCCGUGGACGUGGCCGACGUGCGCCGCGAGGUGGCCAUCAUGGCGUCGCUGCCGGACCACCCGGCGCUGGUGCGGCUGCGCGCCGCCUACGAGGACGACGAGGCCGUGCACCUGGUCAUGGAGCUCUGCGACGGCGGCGAGCUGUUCGACCGGAUAGUGGCGCGCGGGCGGUACACGGAGCGCGCCGCGGCGGCCGCGGCCAGGACGGUGGCGGAGGUGGUGCGGGCCUGCCACGCGCACGGGGUGAUGCACCGGGACCUCAAGCCCGAGAACUUCCUCUACGCCGGCAAGGAGGAGGACGCGCAGCUCAAGGCCAUCGACUUCGGCCUCUCCGUCUUCUUCCGACCAGGCGAGCGAUUCUCGGAGAUCGUGGGCAGCCCGUACUACAUGGCCCCAGAGGUGCUCCGCCGCAGCUACGGCCCGGAGGUGGACAUCUGGAGUGCCGGCGUCAUCCUCUACAUCCUCCUCUGUGGCGUCCCGCCUUUCUGGGCCGAGACAGAGCAGGGCGUGGCGCGCUCCAUCCUCCGUGGCGUGCUGGACUUCGACCGCGAGCCCUGGCCUCGGAUCUCCGACAGCGCCAAGAGCCUCGUCCGCCAGAUGCUCGAGAUGGACCCCCGCAAGCGCCUCACCGCCCGCCAAGUCCUCGCGCACCCGUGGCUGCAGGACGCGAAGAAGGCGCCGAACGUGCCGCUGGGGGACGUGGUGCGGGCGAGGCUCAAGCAGUUCUCCGUCAUGAACCGCUUCAAGAAGAAGGCGAUGCGGGUGAUCGCGGAGCACCUGUCGGCGGAGGAGGUGGAGGUGAUCAAGGAGAUGUUCGCGCUCAUGGACACGGACAACAACGGUCGGGUCACGCUGGAGGAGCUCAAGGCCGGCCUCGCUCGGGUGGGCUCCAAACUCGCCGAGCCCGAGAUGGAGCUGCUCAUGGAGGCCGCCGACGUGGACGGCGAUGGCUACCUCGACUAUGCCGAGUUCGUCGCCAUCACCAUCCACCUGCAGCGCCUCUCCAACGACCAACACCUCCGCAAGGCAUUCCUCUUCUUCGACCGCGACAGCAGUGGCUACAUCGAGCGCGCCGAGCUCGCCGAUGCGCUCGCCGACGACUCCGGUAGAGCCGAUGACGCCAUCGUCGACCACGUCUUGCAGGAGGUCGACACCGACAAGGAUGGCCGGGUCAGCUUCGUGGAGUUCGUGGCGAUGAUGAAAGCCGGGACGGACUGGCGGAAAGCAUCGCGCCAGUACUCCAAGCAGCGCUUCAAGUCCCUCGGCAAUAGCCUCAUCAAGGACGGCUCCAUCUCCAUGGCUGUUUGA